GUAGAGGCGGCGGCAAGAUGGCGGCGCCUGAGGAGCGGGAGCUCACCCAGGAGCAGACGGAGAAGCUGCUGCAGUUUCAGGAUCUGACUGGGAUCGAGUCUAUGGAUCAGUGUCGGCAUACCUUGGAACAGCAUAACUGGAACAUAGAGGCUGCUGUACAGGACAGACUGAACGAGCAAGAGGGAGUACCCAGUGUUUUCAACCCUCCUCCAUCCCGACCCCUUCAGGUUAACACAGCUGACCACAGGAUCUACAGCUAUGUUGUCUCAAGACCACAACCAAGGGGGCUGCUUGGAUGGGGUUAUUACUUGAUAAUGCUUCCAUUCCGGUUUACCUAUUACACGAUACUUGAUAUAUUUAGGUUUGCUCUUCGUUUUAUACGGCCUGACCCUCGCAGCCGGGUCACUGACCCCGUUGGGGACAUUGUUUCAUUUAUGCACUCUUUUGAAGAGAAAUAUGGGAGGGCACACCCUGUCUUCUACCAGGGAACGUACAGCCAGGCACUCAAUGAUGCUAAGCGAGAGCUUCGCUUUCUCCUGGUUUAUCUUCAUGGAGAUGACCACCAGGACUCGGAUGAGUUCUGUCGCAAUACACUCUGUGCACCUGAAGUUAUUUCACUGAUAAACACUAGGAUGCUCUUCUGGGCCUGUUCUACAAACAAACCUGAGGGAUACAGGGGAUGACAGGCGUGAGCCACCAGCACCUGGCCACUUUCAGCUAUUUUGUGGCGUUGUGGUAGAGCGCUAGCCUUAAGCUGAAGAGCUGAGGGACAGUGCCCAGGCCCAGAGUGCAAGCCCCAGGACGCUGGGCUCCCGCGUUCGUUUUGAUGCUUUUGAUUUGCCCGCAGGGAAGAAAGGAACCAGACCCAGGUGCUGAGGCAGCAGCAGGACGAGGCCUACCUGGCCUCUCUCAGGGCUGACCAGGAGAAAGAAAGGAAGAAGCGAGAGGAGCGGGAGCGGAAGAGGCGGAAGGAGGAGGAGGUGCAGCAGCAGAAGCUGGCGGAGGAGAGGCGGCGGCAGAAUCUACAGGAGGAGAAGGAAAGGAAGUUGGAGUGCCUGCCUCCUGAGCCCUCCCCUGACGACCCUGAAAGCGUCAAGAUCAUCUUCAAAUUACCCAAUGAUUCUCGAGUAGAGAGACGAUUCCACUUUUCACAGUCUCUAACAGUGAUCCACGACUUCUUAUUCUCCUUGAAGGAAAGCCCAGAGAAGUUUCAGAUUGAAGCCAACUUUCCCAGGCGGGUGCUGCCGUGCGUCCCUUCGGAGGAGCUGCCCAACCCGCCCACGCUGCAGGAGGCGGGACUCAGCCACACAGAAGUUCUCUUUGUUCAGGACCUAACAGACGAAUGACAUUUGUCAUCCCCCCCCCACCCCCCCGCCCCACCCCCUAAAGGAAAUGGAAAGAGAGAGAGAGAGAAAUUCCUAUUAUUAUUAUAAUACAAUAUUUUUUUUAAAAGACUGCUGCAUCCUAAGGAAGGAUGAGAAACCAUGUCACCUGCGAGUCAUCGUGUGCGUGUGUGUGCGUGCGUGUGCGUGCGCGUGUGUGUGUGCGUGUGCGUGUGUGUGUGUGGUUAGCCAUGAACGCACCCUCGCUCGGCAAAGCUCGCUUCACCCUUCCAACAGCCUCUGCACCACGCAGCCUCCAGCCAGCGGACGCCCGUCCAGCCACCGGUGUCCCACUGGGGAAGGGGACAUUCCCACUUGUUCUCAUUCAUUCUUGCUUUUAUGGAGAAUAAAUGUGAAAGCGUCCAGCCGGCAGCUCCAGCCCCAUCUCCUGAAGACUACCUCCUUCUCCCGAGAAGCCUCGGGAGGAGGGGGGAGAGCAGAGAGACGUUCCUUGAACUGGUUUCUGGAUCACUUUUCCUUGUUUCUGUUGCUUUCUGAUGACCAAAGGAAUGAGGCUGUCAUGGAUGUAUUUCUUUUCUUCUUCUUUAUUUGAUAAAGAGCCAAUUCUUAAAAGCCGUGAGUUCGUGCCCUGGGCUCCUUAGCCCACAGUAGCGUAAUAAAGGUGCCUGGGCUGCUUUGUGCUUCUUUCGGCCAUUGUCCCUCUCCUGCCCCCUCAACUGAGGGCGUUGGUUUUGGUCCAACCUGCUGUCCUUUCUUCCCACCUGUGCACCUCACUAAAACCUGAAGGGGUCUGAAGCAAAGGAUGGCAGUUCUUCAUUCCUCUUUUAGCUGCUUCAGUGUUCCCGAAUUGCCAAGCCUAGUGCCUUUCCACGGACAGGGCCUGUGGUGGAGCCUCUGUGGGAGGCCCUAGUGUUUUUAAGGCUGGGAACUCCCAGGCCCCGGGCAGUACGUGCAGGCUGGGCACACACCUGCUGGAGGUUCUAGCCUCCCUGGGCUGCUGUGUUCAAGUAGCAGA